AUGGAAAUACCCGUAUUCUUUCACAAUUUAAGGGGUUACGACAGUCACUUACUCUUACAAGGAACAGACGGAUCCGACGUCAAAUGCAUACCCAACAACAAGGAGCGUUACAUGUCCGUAACCGUGGGCAAGCUAAAGUUCUUAGACUCGCAGCAAUUCAUGGCGGACUCCUUAGCGAACCUCGUGAAAUACAACACCAACUUCCCCAUUUCCAGCCAAUACGGCGCGGAAAGGAAAGGCGUGUACCCAUACGAGUACAUGGACUCCUGGGAGCGCUUUGAGGAGCCACUCCCACCCAAAAAGAGAUUCUACAGCACCCUAAACGAGUCCGGCAUAAAGGACGAGGAGUACCAGCAUGCCUUGGACGUGUGGCAGAGACAUAAAUGUAGAACGAUGGGCGACUACCACGAUAUUUACCUACGGUCUGACGUUGUCCUGCUUGCCGACGUCUUCCAAAGCUUCCGGAAGAUGGCCAUGGAAUAUUACAGCCUGGAUCCCGCAAACUUCUACACCGCGCCAGGGCUCAGCUGGAGUGCUUUGUUAAAGAAGACAAAUGCGCAGUUGGAUCUCCUAACGGAGUACGACAUGUACCGCUUUAUGGAAGACGGUAUCCGAGGCGGCGUCUGUGGACCCAGCCGCCGUUAUGCGCGCGCCAACAACCCCCUGGUAGAGCAUGACCCCGAAAAACCCACCACGUACAUCUUCUACCUGGACGCCAACAACCUUUACGGCUGGGCAAUGUCGCAGUACCUGCCAGUGCGCGACUUUGAGUGGGUGGAGCCGCGGGAGAUAGACUACUACAUGCRCGUAAGACCGGACAGCCACAAAGGAUUCAUCCUCGAGGUGGACUUGGAAUACCCCGAGCACCUGCACGAUGCACACAACGACUUUCCCUUUGCACCGGAGGCUGUGGAGAUACCCCCCACGCAGUUGUCGCCGCUGCAGAAGCAAAUGUGCCCCAAUUACAAGCCCUACCGAAAGCUAACUAUGAACCUGAUGGACAAAAAGAAGUACGUCGUUCAUUACCGCAACCUACAGUUCUACGUGCGCCACGGCUUACGCGUAAAGAAGAUACGCCGAGUGCUGAAGUUCACGCAGGAGCCAUGGAUGCAGCCCUACAUCGACUUCAACACCCAGAAGCGCACAGCUGCCAAGAACGACUUCGAGAAGAAUCUAUUCAAGCUAAUGAACAACUCCGUCUUUGGUAAGACAAUGGAGAACAUCCGCAAGCGCGUAAGCAUAAAGAUWGYCAGCACCAGAGAGGAAGCAGAAGCAUACGUGUCACAGCCUGGAUUCGUCAGAUACGUGGAGAUGCUGAACUUCUACGUGAUUCACAUGAAGAAGGCGAACCUCUUCCUGAACAAACCCGUAUACACAGGCUUCACGGUGUUAGACCUAUCAAAGCUGCUCAUGUACGAGUUUUACUACGACAAGCUAAAACCCAAGUACGGAGACCGCUGCCAGCUCCUUUACACGGACACCGACUCCUUAAUUCUCGAAAUACAAACGGAAGACGUUUACCAGGACUGCCUUGCAGACAUUGACGAAUACGACACCUCCGGAUACCCACGCGGCCACUUUCUUUACUCCGCAAAGAACAAAAAGGUAAUUGGGAAGAUGAAGGACGAGAUGCUGGGCAAGCCCAUCGUGGAAUACGUGGGGCUGAAACCAAAGAUGUACAGCGUGCUAAAGCUGGACGGCGUGGAAACAUAA